AUUAACACUUUUGAAGGGGGAACAAUGGAUCACUUUAUUAUACUGAGAAAACUACAAGUAACCAGCAUUUUCACAUACCUGCUUUUUUAUGUGUGUAAAAAAAACAAAGAUAAACUAUCGUUAGAAAGUGUUGUGAAAGCAAGACUCCUGCCUGAGCGCGUUGGCUGCUUGGUAAAGUUGGCUGCUUGUCACAUGGCAGGAUUAGAAGCCAAUCCUGCCAUGUGACAUAAAACCUGAGGCACAGGUAGACAGUUUGCUUGACUGUGGGAAAAUGUGUCACAAAGUGAUGGAGAAGAGAUACAAACUUUAUGAAACUCACUGCAAAAAAAACAACAUGCACGUGUUCAGCUGCAGUUAGACCAGUUUUUACCUUAUGCCUAAACAUAAUAAGUCUGCUCGCAUUUAUUGCGAAUGGGAUCAAACCGCCAGGCUUCAAAACAGUAAACAAUGUGCUCUGCCUCCUAAGCCACAGCCACGCCAAGUACAAUUGCUGAGUGGCUUUCUUAAACCAUGUGAUAGCUGCACAGUGGUUCAGUGACAUUAGAUGAAAAAGUAGUAGCGACUCCUGAUAAAGAACUAGAAGGAAGUUGGAGCCUCUCUGAGGUGUGUCUGUUUACCCUCGCACAUUUGUCUUUAUUUGCGUCAUGUUUUUGGGAGGGAUGAUAUUAAAGGAAGAGAAGAAUUAGUCUGUACCAGUUUGCAAAGAUCACAGAGGGCAUCAUGACGUCACACGGCUGUUAUCUCUGCCUGUUGCUUUUAAGCGUAAUCCUGAUCGAGCCAUCAGAAGCAGGUUGUAUGAACCACUUCAAAAAAGCAGACUGGAAGAAAACUACAAUAGACAAGCUCCCAGAGAAUAUUCCUGUCAAAAUAAUGAACAAGUCUGAGGACAUCGUUGUAUGUAGUUUAAUGAAAGACGAAGACUGUAUAGACAAAACAGAAGAAACCUGUUUUCUACGGGAGUGUUUUGGGGACUAUAAACCGCCAUGUAACGAGACGGAUAAGAACAUCAGUGUCCCUUUCUAUCACUUCAUGUGCUUGACAGAUAUAGCCAAGGGUCUACGAGACAAAACAAAUGAAACAAAUGGAGGAUCACUAAAACCCACUGCAGAAGAAGUCUGUAAAGUGUACGAAAAAGUGUGUAAGCGAGAUUCUCCCAACCCAGACUGCUGUUCUUUUUGCAGCUUUUCAGCAGCAAAAACGACAACACCAACAGCUUGUACUACUACAACACCAUCCACAGAAGCAACAACAAAUAAGACAACAUCGACACCUUCUGCAACAACAACACCAACCACAGAAGCAACAACAAAUAAGACAACAGCGACACCUUGUGCAACAACAACACCAACCACAGAAGCAACAACAAAUAAGACAACAUCGACACCUUCUGCAACAACAACACCAACCACAGAAGCAACAACAAAUAAGACAACAGCGACACCUUCUGCAACAACAACACCAACCACAGAAGCAACAACAAAUAAGACAACAGCGACACCUUCUGCAACAACAACACCAACCACAGAAGCAACAACAAAUAAGACAACAGCGACACCUUCUGCAACAACAACACCAACAACCACAGAAGCAACAACAAAUAAGACAACAGCGACACCUUCUGCAACAACAACAACACCAACCACAGAAGCAACAACAAAUAAGACAACAUCGACACCUUGUGCAACAACAACACCAACCACAGAAGCAACAACAAAAAAACCACAAGUAUCAACAACAGCAGUUUCAACAAUAACAACUCCAUCAUCCCCGUUGAAUUUACAACAGAAGGAUGGUGCUGAAAAAAAAGAGAGCAACUUACAGAUUAUAAUAGGUGUCCUUAUCUUCACCAACUUCCUUUGGGCGGUGGCUUUUUACAUGUACACGCAGAGACUUCAAAGGAGUAACGAGAUUCCAAACUUGAAAGAAGAAGAGGCGAUGACAGUGCGUAACACAUUUCGCAGCGACAUUGGAGAGGGUUCCAUUUUAUUAAUGACACCUGAAAGUUCCAUCAUCAUAAAUUCACCUGAAACCACCAUAAUUGAAAGCCUUUGCCCACAAGGAACACAUCUUUAGAAGUUCUGGACUGAUGAGAAAAUCUUUUCUAAAUUUGGCCAUUGCAGAAUCUGGGUACGAGGAUCUGCUCUCCAGAUGAAGUAAAGGUGGUCUGUGAAUGCCUCUUAGCCCAAAGGAGGAUAAACUUGUGAAGUAUGUGAAGAAGAGUGAGACCGAACAAACCGCAGCAUGCCUAUUCAUGUAAUGGCUCUGCAGUCACAAAUUAAGAAGGUUUUGUGGAUUACCCCAGCACCACGUCCAAGCAAUAAACUGUCUGCCUCGUGUAAAAUGUUUUACUACUGUGCUGGUUUUAAGUGACCAAGGUCUUGCCAGAAGAACUACACCGGGCUAGUUACAUUAGAAAUGUUGGUGCUGAUGAGGGAGUCUGUUUUAACACAGGCAAUAAAGAGUUGGGUUUUUUUGGUCGUAUUAAGAAUAAUUUGAGACACAAAAACACAGAUUACCCAUGUGGUCUGUGAACGUAUAAAGUGUGUUAAAGUGUUGUAGAAGUGUGCAGAAAACUAUAUUUGGUGUGACUGCAAAAAAAGUUGUAAUGUUUAUAUAGCUAAUGGACUAAUUCUCUUUGUUUAAGUGUACAUAUUUGGAAAAUGUGAUGUUAUCUGUUAACAGUUGUUCUAGAUAAGUUCUCACUGUACAGUCUUCAUACAAGCAUCUAAUGUGUUUAUGUUUCAUGGAAGCAUAAAUAGAAAAUUCCCUACCACAAUGCAUUUAUUAUAUUCACAAAUCACCGCAAAAACAAACAGAUGUGAAAAGAACUGUCUCCUCUGCCCUUUUUCAUUUUCAUAGUGUCACGUUAUUUCACUUGCACAUUUGUGUAAGUAACCCAAAAUAAUAUCUUGACUGUCCCUCACAUAUAGAAGAAUGUAGACAUGGUUCUAUGUUUUGAGUGUUUGCCUUUCGAUGCAUUUGUGGAAUAUAUUUUAGUUUUUGUAUAUGUAUAAAUUUAUUUUUUUUAUAUAUUUUUAAGCCAACCAGUUUAUUUAUUGUGUUUGUGACAGACUGAGUGGGAGUAUUUUUUUUCAAAUGUGUAGAUGUGAGUUUAGACAAGCACCUAUGAUUCCCGUACAUACUCCUUGGUGUGGAACAAAAAUGACUGAAAAGAGGAAAAGGAAAAAAAAUGUAAGGGGAUAAUAACGUCAUUAGUUGGCACAACUGGCACAACGGACCUGGUGAACAUAUCUGAGUACAGGAGCCACACACGGUCCAAACUGGUGCUAAGUAGGCCAGACUUUUAAAGUGUAUAAAACGCUAUAUUUAAAACCAACAAAUAAAUAAGAAACACUUCUUUAAAUGAAGACAGUCACAUUAAAAGAAUCAUCUACACAGUUUUACCAUCUGCAUGUCACAUUUUCACUGACUGUACUAGACUGGUUUUGUCUGUUUGGCACCAGUGCCUUUGAAGGUGAAGUGUAUUGGUGUAUUUAUCACUAUAUAUAUAUAUAUAUAUAUAUAUAUAUAUAUAUAUAUAUAUAGAUAUAUAUAGAUAUAUAUAGAUAUAUCUAUAGCAAGAUGUUAAUAUAAAUUAACCUGCAAUGUAUCACUAUCCCUUGCACUUGCAUUUUUCUUUCCAGAUCUUCAUUUCACAGAUGUCUGUCUGGUGCCUUGUUUUUGCAAAUAAAGGCCCUUUUUCGGCUUUAAAAGCUUUGUUGUACUUCUGAGUCCUCUCAACACAGAUCUGACGUGUCCAAAGCAUGA